GGUACACUGCCUCAUAGAGUAAGUGGAAGUAGGUGGAUGCCUCAUAUGAAGAAGGCGCUUCAGACAUUCUUCAAGACAUAUCCUGCUUUUAUAAGUCAUCUACAUAAUGAAUCUCACUCAAACCCAAAGGCAGAAGGGCUGGCCAAGAUGCUGGAAGAUUGCACCCUCAUGACCUAUGCUGCUUUUCUCCAGGAAAUACUUAGUUCUUUGGUACAGCAGUCUCUAACCUUACAGCAGUUCAACAUUACAUUGGCUGAUGCUAAAGUAACAAUAUCUUCAACGAUGGAAAUACUGCAACAGUUCAGCACAAGUUCAUGUAUAUUGAUGCAUGAUAUUGAAACCAGAAAAGAAAUAUCAGGAUAUCCUUUGAAAAGACAAGGUCCACCAACUGACAUGGAGAAGAAAGUCAGUGUCAUUAAGUCUUCUUUAAUCAAACAUACGGAGGCAAGAUACAGGGACCUAGGAAAUGAUGUUAAAGAAUCAACUAUUAUUGCAAAUGUAAAAAGCUGGCCAUGAGAAAAUGUUGCUGGUAUGUAAUUUUUUCAUACAAAAAAAUUAAACAGUUAUUUGUUUUAAUUAAAAUACGAUUUGAUUACUUUCUUUGUUGUUGAUUAUCUUUGUUGUUAUUCUGUUUUUACUGUUAUUUAGUCCUUUCUUUAUUACAGUUAUUUUCUUCCUGCAGAA